ACACGUACUAUACUAUAGAUCUACUCAAAACAGAUCAAAUCAGACAGUCACCAAAAAUUAAAUGCAUGGAAUAGUAAUUACGUAAGAAAGCCAUUUCGGUUGUGGAGAGCAGGUGAUUUCAGUGAACCCUAUCUCCGACGAUUGCGAGUCAAGGGAGCGUCGAUGGCCGAAUCUAGAAAAGCUGAGAAUUUCUAAGAAUGUUACUUAUGAAGAUAAGAAGAGUGCAGUGAGUCACUGACAUGAUUUCUUCUGUGAUUCAUUUUUACUCGUAGCUUGGGAAUCUCCCGGAAAAUUCCAGCACUGUUGUCCAGACAUGGAGGACCUAGCGGAUGGCCUUGCCGGAGGUCUGGUUGUGGUGGAGGCAGUCAACGACACAGCUCUGCCACACCCCAGGUUUGACCAGUACAAGUCGAGAGUUCACCGCUCUUCGGACCAGGAAUCGCGUCGUCGCGAGCGCCUACGUCGUCAGAAGGAGCAACGUCAGGGCAUACUCGAUGCCCACAGAGAUGUCCCAGCAGCUGGGGAUGACGAUUGUCGAGCUGCUGAAGGGCAGCAUGGGGACUCCGACGAGUCCAUGGCAAAAGAGGAGUCACAGGUGUCUGCAUCAGCAUGUCACUCUGCUACAGCUGAAGCAGGCAAUGAUGAGGCCAGUAUGGAUGUGGAGGACAUGGCUGAUGGUAGCAGCUCCAGACGGCGUGGACGGAAGAGCAAACAAAAGCACCUGACUCAAGUAUCGUAUCGUAAACAGCUCAUGAUGUCCGAGUGGCUCGUGGACGUUCCUGAUGACUUUGCUUCAAAGUGGCUGAUGAAGAUCUGCCCUGUUGGGAAGAGAUGUCUGGUCGUUGCUGGCAGGGGUAUGACAUCAGCGUACAGCAACAAUGGACACCGGAUCAACACAUUCCAUUCACUGCUGCCCGGUGGUGCCAAAAAAAGUCCAAGUCAUGAUGCAGAGUGCACCUUGCUGGACUGCAUCUACGUGGAGUCCCAGUGUCUCUACUGUGUAUUGGACGUGCUAUGCUGGAAUAGCAGCGAUAUGCUGGAAGUGGAGGCAGACUGUCGAUUCUUUUGGUUGAAAUCUAGGAUUGAUGAAAACCCAGGAGUGCAGUCAGUUUCCAAGCUAAAUCCGUAUGCCUUCAAGACCAUUGCGGCUCUCGACUGUCAGUCCACUACUCUUCAGAGUGUGUUCUCCUCAGCACCUGAUGUACAGGUAGACGGUGUCUUGUUCUACCACCGGGAGUCGGGCUACGAACACGGCCGCACCCCACUGCUCGGCUGGCUCAGGUGCAGCAUGCUGGCUGAGAUUAUUGGUGUUGCUGCGUCGGAGGCAUUUCUUGCGCAGUGCAUUGGAGACGAGAGCUGCAUUCCGUUCGGCAAGUUCCGCGCGGCCAAAGACCAAACGAUGGAAGUCACGUGAGGUGCUCGGCCGCAAGCGUCUUGGAUUGCUGGAGCUGCAGGAGGCUGUGUUGGCUUUGUAAGUAAAGCACAAACUUGCCCGUUGUCUCUUGCUCAGAACUUUGUGAACUGUUCGUUCGUUGUGUUUGUCGCUAAUUCUGCCUUCACUUCGAUCUACACUAGCUUUUCACCUUGUCGGUGGAGUGAUGAAAGCUCAGGCACUUGAAGGAUAAUUUCACAAUACCAAACAUAUCUUGCCGUUCUCGAUCGUGUACGCGGUGGAUUGUCAUUUGGCCCCGUGUUGGUCGUGUACAUGGUCAAUUGUCAUCUGGUCCCGUGCUUCCGCUGAGAGUACUAACACGGUACGUUGUUGAACAAGCCAAGGCAAGCCAGCCAACUGGCAACUGGCACUCUACUGCUGCUGCAAGCAAUUUUGACUAAGAGCAUCUGGUGCCUUCUAGGCUAUCACUUGCUCGGUGUGUGUUUGCUGUAGCUACUCUGUAAGCCGGUGUAGUUAGCCAGCCCUGAGUCACUUGUUGUUAGCCAGCCCUGAAUCACUUGUUGUCUUCAGUGGAGAGGCGACAGGUAGUGCAUCAACCCGCUGUUUCGCUUCAUGCGUCACUGCUCUUCCAAGUCUGUUGACCAGUUCCUAUUGAACGACGUAAUGGUAGCUGUUCUGUACGGCAUACAUGUAUGCGCAAUGCUGGCGUAUAUCAGCCUGGCUGCAUGUCUCUGUAAGCACACCAUGCAACUGAAAGGCAAGCCUUGAGGCACACAAGUAGCUAGGUACAAGACCUAGCAAUGCUCACACGUGUUACUUGACCUUUCAAGCCAGGAUAUAGCUGGGCACUGGAGUAGCAUUGAGAGCAAACAGCUUGGAGGGCUACGGGGUCCUGAAUGCUUUUGCUGCAUGUAUCUGAUUUUCAAUUAAGUUUUAUUUGGUGUUUUUCUUCACUAUUUUCAAGAAUUUUCACUGGCCUAUCAAGCUUUACAUGCACGUCAAGGGCCCGAUCUUUAAGCUGGAGGUGUUUUUUGCUGUUGUUGAAGUUGCUGGUCACCUACUUUGAGUACUAGUACCUGGUGCUGUCAUGCUUUCAACAGUACUCAGCAGGGGUUGUACACAACCUUUUUUUAUUUGUUCUACUUUCAGCAGUAUUCAGGUCUUAUCUACAACCCGUUUUUAAAACAAUAUUCUGUUGUCUUACUUUCAACAGUAUUCAGGCGGUGAACACAAACUUUUUUUAUAUAUAUUAUUUUUAAACAACAUUCUCCAUCCAUGUGUGUGUAUCUGCUGCGCUAUAAUGUUCCCUGAAGUCUUCCCGGCUCACAGCGAUCACACGCUUUCCGUUUUGAGUAUGUUUGUUUUGUUUUUGCAUUCCAUGCUAAAAUGCCAGUCAUAAAAGGCAAGUCCAAUACAA